AAAACAAGAGUACUCUUGGUUGGCGCUAUUUUGUGUAAAAAAAUAUUAAAUUUAGAGAAAUCUAAAUAAAGUGGACAAAUUUGUUUGUGAAUUAUUAUUCUUUGAUUUAUUUAAAAUAGAUCUGUGCUUCGAGGAAUUUGAAGAAGAAACAUACUGAGGCGUGAUUUUAAAGGUAGUCUAAUGGGUUUGUUAACUAAAAGUGUGCCAGUAAGCUACUGAAGCUUAGUAUUGGCCUGCUUUUGAGGAAUUGAAUGGCGAUGUAUUACUACGCAAGUAAGCUGAAUGAAGCAUCAUGUAGCGGGUGUAACAUUAAGGUGCCACCACCACCCAGCGAGCCGGCCCCUGUCCCUCCACCACCCACCGACCAUGCUCCUCUUCCACCCGACCCAGCUCUAUUGCAUGGCACUGGACUCUCUUACUAUGAUAAUGAUGAUUAUUAUUCCAUGGUGAGAGGCAAUAAGUUUAUGACAGAAAACUCUUGUAAACAUCUUGUUAUGAAUGGUGGUUUAAAUUUUGUUACUCAAAAAGGAGAUGCUACACAGUUGGCAGCUGUGGGUGUAAAGACUUUAACAACAUUUGUGAAUUGCCCGGUGGAAAAGACAGAGCUUGAGUAUAAAGAUGGGCAGCUUGUUAGUGCUCCCCUGGAUUCACUGGUAGACAUGCUGAGGCCUGGUACAAACAAAUCCUAUACAUUCACAUUCCUGUUGUGUUCCCGACUUUUUAUUAAGCCUCAUGAAUUACUUGGAAAGCUAUGUAAACGCUACUUUAAAACAUAUGACAAGAUUGGAAGGGCGGAAGUGAAAGAUUUAGUAGAAAAAGAGUUAACAGACAUGAGAGCACUAGUGAGAGUGUUGACACAGUGGACUAGUAUGUUCCCCUAUGACUUCCGUGACGAUAGAGUAAUGACACUUGUUCGGAAUAUUACACAAAGAUGUGCAGCAGAGCACAUGUCUUCAGUAAGGGUGGAAGUAUCAACAAUGCUGGAAAAACUUCUGGAUAAAUUAACAGCACUUGAGCAGUACGAAGAAACAUUGGUUGAUAUACCUCAAGUGACAUCUGUGGAACAGUUAGCUCAGGGAGAUAUUCUUACACUUGGUUUAACACCAGCCGAGCUGGCAAACCAAUUGACUAUAGUUGAGUUACAUCGACUGUCAUUUGUUGGACCAGAGGAAUUUGUGCAAACUUUUGCUCCAACACAGCCACAACAACCAACUUCUUCUUGCGGGAAGACACCCAUCAAUCUUCACCACAUUGACCUGAAGAGUACAAGAAAUCUGGAAGCUUAUGCUGACUGGUUUAAUAGACUCAGCUACUUAUGCGCAACAGAUGUUCUAAAGGCCGUGAAAAGCAAAUACAGAGCUCGUGUAAUAGAACAGUGGGUUAUGACGGCUAGAGAAUGUUUUAACCUUGGAAAUUUCAACUCCCUCAUGGCCAUCAUUAGUGCUCUGAAUAUGUCUCCUGUAACGCGUCUUAAGAAGACGUGGAGCCGCACGUCUGGAGUUUGCGGCCAGCAACUGCGUCAGUUGGAGUUAUGUGUUGAACCUAGUGGAAACCACGCAAGAUACCGAGCAGCGCUAGCGGCCGCACCUACUGAGACUGCCGUACCGUUGCUGUCCGUCACUUGCAGGGACCUGCAUUUUGCUAAUCAAGGCUCGUCAUCAAAAUUGGGCGGUAACCGCGUGAACUUCGAGAAGUGUUCGCUGCUGGCGCGGCACGUGAGCCGGCAGCUGGCGGCGCGGCGGCUGUGCGGCGACGAGCCGCCGGCGCCCGCUCCGCCGCCGCCGCACGCGCCCGCGUGGCGCUUCUUCAACGAUACUCCCACACUCACCGAGACCGCACUGGAACUGGUGUCAUUCGAGCGCGAGCCGCCUGUCGACCACAUGGAAAAAGAACGAUUAAAACGUCUGAAGGCAGCUUAACCUGACAAUCCUGUGAUUCUAAUCCACCUGAUAUUAUUGCUACUUAUCAAAACUUUAUUACUAGUGAACUUUUCCAGCACCUGAAACUAGCGGUAUUAUAAUUUAUUUUAGGCUAUAGUCUUCUUUACAAUUAUAACGAUUCUCGACCACGUUGGUACAGUCGUGAUCGCAGCAAAAAAGGUUAUACCU